UAUUUCAACACUCCUGAAUUUGUCUUAUUUCUGCAACAUGUCAAAUUUAACCAGUAUGGAUUAAUUCGUAUUAUUAAUCUCUCUGGGAAUUUUUUUUGGAUUUGGGAAAUAGGACGAGAGCACACAGCAGUGGAAAAGAAUUACGAGGGAAAUGGUUUUAGGCUCGUAGUAUACCUGGUGUCAACACUCGUCUCCUGCCAUCCUUCCCUCCUCUUGGUGUCUGUUUUUGUUGAGUUGAACAAGUUAAUCUUUAUUUGAGAUCCUGAAGCCUCUUUACCUGGGCAUAAACCCAUGAAAGACCGUCUCACUCUACUGCUUGGUGCCAAUGCUUCAGGGGAUUUCCGACUGAAGCCUAUGCUUGUCUACCACUCUGAAAACCCCAGGGUGUUCAAGCAACAGAAAGUGGGUAAGAAGAUGGACUCCUCACCUAUGACACUGUUUGGCUACUUCAACGAGCGAGUGAAGGCCAACCUGCACUUGGUAGUGGCCAUGUCCCCCAUAGGUGACACCUUCAGGACCAGGCUCAGGAUGUUCCCCUCCCUCAUUAACUGCUGCACUAUAGACUGGUUUACUGCAUGGCCUGAUGAUGCCUUGGAGAUGGUGGCCACAUCACUGCUGCAGGAAACUAAACUGGAGGCAUCAUUGUUGGCUCACUGUGUCACUGUCUGCAAGUAUUUCCACCACAGCAUUGAUGACCUUGCCCACAGGUUCUAUGAGCAGCUGCGGCGGAGGUACUAUGUGACAUUGUGACACCCACCUCCUACCUGGAGCUCGUGUUCACCUUCAAGCAGCUCCUCCUUAAGAAGCGCUCAGAGAUCCUCACACUACGGGACAGGUAAAGCUCAGGAAGCUCAUCACCAGCUUUAGUAAUGUUA